CUCCUCCCCUAAUGCAGACCGAGCAGAUCGCUCUUCCUGCGGUGUGACAGCAGCAGCUGCAGCAGCAUCGGCGGCGGCACUGGCGCAUUGUGUGUCUUUAAUAGUAAUUUGAUUCUUUUCUUCUCACACUGAGUUAUUAAUACAUCAUCAUCUGAUUUCCCUCCUUCUGGACGGACUGCAGGACGGAGCGGCUUCUCUACAAUGGCCAACAGAGAUGAUGAAUACGAUUUCUUGUUCAAAGUUGUUCUCAUCGGAGAUUCGGGCGUCGGGAAGAGUAACCUGCUGUCGCGUUUCACACGGAACGAGUUCAAUCUGGAGAGCAAGAGCACGAUAGGAGUGGAGUUCGCCACCAGGAGCAUCCAGGUGGACGGCAAGACGAUCAAAGCGCAGAUCUGGGAUACGGCAGGGCAGGAGCGGUACAGGGCCAUCACCUCUGCGUAUUAUCGUGGCGCGGUCGGCGCGCUGCUGGUGUACGACAUCGCCAAACAUCUGACCUAUGAGAACGUGGAGCGCUGGCUGAAAGAGCUGCGAGAUCACGCCGACAACAACAUCGUCAUCAUGCUGGUGGGGAACAAGAGCGACCUGCGCCACCUGAGAGCCGUUCCCACCGACGAGGCGCGCGCUUUCGCAGAGAAAAAUAACCUGUCAUUCAUCGAGACGUCCGCUCUGGAUUCGUCUAACGUGGAGGAGGCCUUCAAGAACAUCCUAACAGGUACAGACCCAAAUGAACCAUCAUUCUAG